UUAUAUCACCGCGACGCCGGUAUAUGACUUCCUUUAAGUGCGUGUAAGCUAGCUCAGAGAACUCACAUCAAAACUCACCGGACAAUUUCUUUACGAAGGCCUUAGACAACAACACGGUCAACAUGGCUUCAUAUGAUGACGAUAAUGUCUCCAAAUUGAUGCGGAAGAUAAAGCAGAAUCCAUCUGUUCCUAUCGGAUUUGCUGGAUGCGCUGCAAUUGUUGCACACCAAUUGUACAAAAUGAAAACUCGAGGUGAUACAAAAAUGUCGGUGUACUUGAUCCGCAUGCGUGUAGCUGCACAGGGCUUUGUGGUCGGAUCCAUCACAAUUGGAGUCCUGUACUCGAUGUUCACACAGUACGUUAUAGGUCCCAUGAAGAGCAGAAAGGAGGAGAACACAAGUGAACGUGGACUGUGAUCAUUCUGUGUCCUUUAGAACUAUCAUAUUUAGGUGUGCAAUCAGAAGCUAAUUAAARGCACAGUGUGUAGGAUUUGUUGUUUUCAGCGACAUCUAGUGGUUGAAUCAUCCUCCCUGGUCCUCCCCCCACCCCCA